AUGGCGUGGCAGUCGCUCUACUGGUCUAUGAUGAGCACCGGUUUAUUUUACAUGAAGCAUCAGUCUUGUGUCGAACUUGGCGUCCAAGAUAAGACAACGCUCACAGAGACAUGCUACCGCAGAGCUCUGGACGCACUUGCGUCGUCUGACUUCAUGGCAUACACGCCCUCCAAGCCAUCUGCCUACUCGUUCCAUGCGCAUAUGCUCUCGGUGAUCCAAGAUUCGUAUCUCACCACAUUCAAGGGGACUUACAACAUAGUCCCUGCUCAUGCCAAGACUCCUCUGCCGGUGAACUGCUCCGAGGUGAUGGAGGAAUUCCAGGAAGCCGGCAAAGUCCAGGUGCUUCCACUUUCGAUACCAACGCAAACAACGUACAUGAUUCUCCAAGUCCACCUAACCAGCAUCAAACAGAGAUUGCACGAAGACACAUACGAAGCCGCAGGUAAAAGAAUCAACGUUGCAGAAAGAUACCAGAAAGUCUUGCAAACUGAUGAAGACUUGGCCAUCCUCCGGCAGCAGCUCCCUCCAUGGAUGAAGACCAAGGCUUGCCCAGAAGACGCGGCACCUUUCGUAAGACACCAAUGGCGGACUUUCCGAAUAUCUUAUGCACACAUGAAACUAUCCAUUCAUCGAGCAUUCUUCUGUCACUCGUUUACGAUGAAGCAAUUCAGCUACUCGCACCAGGCGUGCUUGGAUGCCGCUCGCAUGUUGCUAUUGACGUAUCGCGACACGGCUCAGGCCAGCGAAUUUGACAGCUGGACUGUUCCAGCGCACGUCAUCAGCGCCAGUCUUAUAAUAACUUUGGACAUUGUACUACGCGACAAUGGUGACGACUUUGACCCUAAUGUUGCAAGAUCACUCGCUGAUGAUAAAGGCCUCAUGCUUGAGUGUCUAGAGCUGGUGGAGGCUACCCAGUCUAGCCUGCUAGUUAAGAGAGGCCUCACUCUGGUUAGCAAACUAAUUGCCGACAGAGAACGAAGGAGCCCGACCUAUUCACGUUUUGAUGGACCGGAAAUUUCAAAGCUUGUACAGGAGGUCGAGGACGCAUUGGCAACCGAGGAGGCGCCUCCUACAGCGUACAAUGUGACAUUCGAGGAGUACUUGGAUAUGAUGGGAAACGAUCUUUUUGCGUUUAUGGACGACGAGUCAUGUCUUUUAGAUUAG